CGCCGCCUUGGCUACAUAAUAACGUUAAACGCAAGACAUCAUUAGAAUUAUAUAAGGCGAACAUUGGCUGCCGGGUGGGAGGUAGAUAAUACCUAGUAGAAUUUUAGUUUCCUUUUUGCUUACUCCUUAUCAUGAUGGGCCACCUAGAAGUCCUAGGCCUACUCCAGCUGGCUGCUGUGCUUCUUCUCGUUUACAUUGUGGCUUCCAGCCUCGCAACCUGGUUUCGUCUACGGAGUUUCCGCGGACCCGUCCUAGCCCGGUUCUCCUACCUCUACAUGCUAAGGGUUGUCCUCAGUGGUGAUCGUGGCGAACGCUACCGCAACCUAAGUAACGAGUAUGGCGGGGAACGCUUCUUACGUAUAGGCCCCAACGACCUCCUAGUCUCAUCCCCGGCGAUGGUGCGGCACAUGAACUCGGUGCGCUCGCCCUACCUGCGUUCCGACUGGUACCGCGCGCAGCGGUUCGAUCCGUACCGCGACAACCUGCUCAGCCUGUCCGACACGGCGCAGCACGACAAGCUCAAAGCGCAGCUGGCUUUCGGCUACAGUGGAAAGGAGAACCCGACCAUCGAGACAGGUGUGGACGAGCAGCUGGAAAGUCUGGUGGCCCUCAUCCGGCGCAAGUAUAUAUCGACGGCAAGUGAGUUUCGUCCGUUGGACCUGGCGCCCACCACUAUGUUCUUCGCCGUCGACACCAUAUCGCGCAUCGCGUUCGGCAAGGCGUUCGGGAAUCUAGAGGCAGAUCGCGAUAUCUACUCGUUUCAUGAGUUUGCCAAGGUCUCCUCUAUGAAGGGUUCUGCCUUUUCCGAAAUACCGUGGCUCGGCAAGGUGUUCUUCUACCCACCGGUGUUACGGCUGGUAGGGCCCAAGGUUACGGACAAGAAAGGGGUCGGUAUGUUCAUGCGCUUUGCAAACGAGGUCCUCACCAAGCGCAUUGGCCCAGAUACCGAGGAUAAGAAGGAUAUGCUAGGUUCCUUCAUUCGCCACGGGGUCUUACCGGAGCAGUGCAAGUCAGAAAUCGUCUUUCAGAUCCUCGCAGGCUCCGACACUACUGCCCACGCCAUCCGGGCCACCAUGCUGAACAUUAUCACUUCUCCGCGCGUCUAUGAUAAAGUUCGAGCCGAGAUCGACGCCGCGAUUGCCGAUGGCAGGAUCCAGUCCAGUCCCGUGAAAGCAGCAGAGGCGAAGCAGCUACCAUACCUGCAGGCUGUAAUUCGAGAAGGGUUACGCUUCAGCCCGCCAACUACCGCCUUAGUACAGAAACAAGUCCCUCCCGAGGGAGAUACCUUUGACGGCUGUUUCUUACCUGGUGGGACCCGCAUAGCCGUCAACAUCUUAUCCAUUCAGCGUUCGAAGGAGACGUUCGGCCAGGAUUCCGACGUGUUCCGGCCGGAGCGAUGGCUGAACAUCAGCGACGAGAAGCAUCGUGAGAUGUCUCAGACCGUCGAUCAAGUAUUUGGAUGGGGACGCUGGCAGUGCCUAGGAAAGCCGGUUGCGAUGUUAGAGCUUAAUAAGGUAUUUGUGGAGCUGCUACGUUAUUUCGACUUCGAGCUGGCAAAUCCUCAAUCUCCGUGGAAGAGUAUCGAUUACACCCUUUAUGUGGUCUCAGACUUCUGGGUCAGGGUUACAGAGAGGAUUAUUUCAAAGUAGUUUCAUAUGAAAGUCCGUGCUUAGAAAAAGAAAUCACGAUAUUGACCGUUAUUUUCAUACGGAAUCGAAUCAAUCGUUUCUUUCCAUUCAAUCGCUACAACUAACGCCAUAGCUAUUCUUUAUACUGACAGUAGGUAGAUACCUAGUACUUUAC